AUGGGAACACUUCCUGAGAUUAAGUACUCACCUCCCUCUCACCAUCUCAGUAUACUCCAAAAACUUGUUGGCACUAUUGCUGCAUCGCAUUUGUUAGUUAGAAGUUAUAAAAGGAGCUUCAAUGGAUUCGCUGCCAAUCUAUCUCAAGCCGAGAGUCAGAAACUGCAAAAUAUGAAAGAGGUAGUGUCAGUGUUUCCAAGCAAGAGUCAUGAACUGACGACAACAAGAUCAUGGGACUUUGUCGGAUUUGGCGAGAAAGCGAGACGAGAGAGUGUGAAAGAAAGUGAUGUUAUUGUCGGAGUGAUUGACAGUGGAAUCUGGCCGGAAUCUGAGAGCUUUGACGACGAAGGUUUUGGUCCGCCUCCAAAAAAAUGGAAAGGUUCCUGUAAAGGUGGCCUAAAAUUCGCUUGCAACAACAAGCUCAUCGGAGCUAGGUUUUACAAUAAAUUUGCCGACUCAGCAAGAGAUGAGGAAGGCCAUGGAACCCACACUGCGUCAACGGCUGCUGGUAAUGCGGUUCAAGCUGCUAGCUUCUACGGUUUGGCUCAAGGUACUGCUCGUGGUGGAGUUCCCUCGGCGAGAAUAGCCGCAUAUAAAGUCUGCUUCAACCGCUGCAACGAUGUAGAUAUUCUGGCUGCGUUUGAUGAUGCCAUUGCCGAUGGUGUUGAUGUUAUCUCGAUCUCAAUCUCAGCCGAUUACGUCUCCAAUUUAUUAAACGCUUCUGUAGCCAUUGGUUCUUUUCACGCAAUGAUGAGAGGAAUCAUCACGGCAGGUUCAGCUGGGAACAAUGGGCCUGAUCAAGGUUCGGUGGCUAAUGUAUCGCCAUGGAUGAUAACCGUUGCAGCCAGCGGUACGGACCGGCAGUUCAUUGACAGAGUCGUUCUUGGUAACGGAAAAGCAUUAACGGGUAUAUCAGUUAAUACAUUCAAUCUCAAUGGGACAAAGUUCCCGAUCGUUUACGGCCAAAACGUGUCGAGAAAUUGUUCCCAAGCCCAAGCCGGUUAUUGUUCAAGUGGGUGUGUGGAUAGUGAGCUGGUGAAAGGGAAGAUCGUUCUAUGUGACGACUUCCUAGGAUAUAGAGAAGCUUACUUAGCUGGAGCCAUUGGAGUCAUUGUUCAAAACACAUUGCUUCCAGACAGCGCAUUUGUGGUUCCCUUUCCUGCCUCUUCUCUGGGAUUUGAGGACUACAAAUCUAUCAAGUCAUACAUUGAAUCUGCAGAGCCUCCACAAGCAGAGAUACUAAGAACCGAGGAGAUAGUAGAUAGAGAAGCUCCAUAUGUUCCAUCUUUUUCUUCUCGCGGGCCAAGUUUCGUCAUUCAGAACCUCUUGAAGCCUGACGUAAGUGCACCUGGAUUAGAGAUUCUGGCUGCAUUUUCUCCGGUAGCUUCUCCUUCAAGUUUUUUGAACCCUGAGGACAAGAGAAGUGUGAGGUAUAGUGUAAUGAGUGGCACAUCAAUGGCUUGUCCUCAUGUGGCAGGUGUAGCGGCUUAUGUCAAGUCUUUUCACCCCGACUGGUCUCCCUCGGCAAUCAAAUCCGCUAUAAUGACCACCGCUACCCCCAUGAACCUUAAGAAGAACCCCGAGCAAGAAUUUGCAUAUGGAUCAGGCCAAAUUAACCCGACCAAAGCAAGUGACCCCGGACUUGUAUAUGAAGUAGAAACAGAAGAUUACCUCAAAAUGUUAUGUGCAGAGGGUUUUGAUUCAACAACGCUCACAACAACCUCAGGACAGAACGUCACAUGUUCGGAAAGAACAGAAGUCAAGGAUCUGAAUUACCCAACAAUGACUACGUUUGUCUCUUCUCUUGAUCCAUUCAAUGUCACGUUUAAAAGAACUGUCACUAAUGUUGGAUUCCCAAACUCUACGUACAAGGCAAGUGUUGUUCCUCUCCAACCGGAGCUUCAGAUUAGCAUAGAACCAGAAAUACUGAGAUUCGGUUUCCUGGAGGAGAAGAAAUCUUUUGUUGUGACCAUCUCUGGUAAAGAACUGAAGGAUGGAAGUUUUGUAAGUUCGUCUGUGGUUUGGUCUGAUGGGAGUCACAGUGUCAGAAGUCCAAUCGUUGCUUACUCAAUCCAGCCUUAA